UGCAGCACGGAGGGAGAAAGUGGCAAAGGAUGGAAGAAUGAUUGAGGAGCGCUAUCAGCUCGGAGGAGAGCCGAGAUAAAACGACCGAGGGGGUCUUCUUCUUAUUCUCUUGCGUGUGAUAAGGAGGAGGAGGAGUAGGCUAAAGGAGGAAGAGGAGGAGGAGGGAUGGAGGGAGGGGGGCAAAGAGACCCCGUCGCGUUUUGACCCUCCGAAACCUCCCCGCACACCGCUACCAUCACCACUCCUCCUCCUCCUCUCCUCUCCUCUCCUCUCCUCCUCCUUCUUCUUCUUCUUCUUUUUAUGCUCUCCUCUUGAGACGGAAAACACCAUCGUUCACUCCCAGCCGUGACAUUUUCCAGCCUGUCGCCGUAUGCUGCGUGGACAGCGAGCACAAGGAGCCAAACAGGAAGGGACGCUCUCUGUCUGCCCUCCAAAGCACCGAGCAUCCCCGACCGCUGCGAGCCGGAGCGAGAGGCGCACCAGGCGGAGGCGAGGCGCUGCAGGAAACCGCUGCUCCCUUUCUGGACUACACCGGACACGGCCCGAACAGGACUGGAUAUUUACGUCUCGGACCACUGGGACAGAGUAAAGGGAGCAAAGCUCGCUGGACUAACCGAGCGGCGCAUCAUCAUCUCCGGUGUAGGACUGGCUGUCGGGUCGCAUGGAUAAGAGGUAUGAAGAGCUGGUGCACUACUCAGGGUCGGAGGGCAUGUCGUUGGGGGGGUACGGGGACGAUGUCCGACCGCUUCCUCCCCCAAACUAUGGACCCACCAUCCACGACUCCCUCAAACACCACAAAGACCAGAUCUAUGGUCACCCACUGUUUCCACUGCUGGCCUUAGUAUUUGAAAAGUGUGAGCUCGCCACCUGCUCCCCUCGAGACUCCACCUCCCUCUCAGCCACUUCCCACCUCCCUGGCAUGACCAAUCACAGCGAUGUCUGCUCCUCUGAAUCUUUCAAUGACGACAUCGCCGCAUUUGCUAAGCAGAUCCGAUCAGAGAAGCCCAUAUUUUCUUCCAAUCCUGAGCUUGACAACUUGAUGAUCCAGGCCAUACAGGUUCUUCGUUUUCAUUUACUGGAGUUAGAGAAGGUGCAUGACCUGUGCGAUAACUUCUGCCAUCGCUACAUCACCUGUCUGAAAGGCAAAAUGCCUACAGACCUCAUCCUGGAUGACCGGGAGGGCGGCUCCAAGUCUGACAUGGAGGACUUCACCGGUUCAUGCACCAGUCUGUCGGAGCAGAAUGCAUCAUGGUUACGUGAGCCGGAUGAAUGUGCCACGACUCCUCUGGGAACACCAGGCACCUGUGGCUUGCCUUCACACAGCACAGCAGACAACUGUAGCGACACAGGCGAUGGUCUGGACGGAGGAGGGGCCUCCCCCAGUACAGGAGACGACGACGACUCCGACAGAGACAGGAGGAACAACAAGAAGAGGGGGAUCUUCCCUAAAGUGGCCACAAAUAUCAUGAGAGCGUGGCUUUUUCAGCACCUGUCGCACCCGUACCCAUCUGAGGAGCAGAAGAAGCAGCUGUCCCUUGACACAGGACUGACCAUCUUACAGGUCAACAACUGGUUCAUCAAUGCCAGGAGGAGAAUAGUUCAGCCCAUGAUUGACCAGUCAAAUCGCUCAGGUCAGGGUGGUCCUUACAGCCCAGAGGGAGCAGCUCUCGGGGGCUACGGGCUUGACGGACAGGCCCACAUCGGGCUACGAACAGCAGGUCUCCAGGGGAUGUCUUCUCUUCAGGGUGACUAUACCAGUGCUCUACUGUCCCAACAAGGCUACGCUCCCCACCCAGGCACCUCCCUCCACCCCUACCCGGGCCCACAUCCCCACCCUGCCAUGCUGCUCCAUCCGCCACCACACGCACAUCCUGCAGAGCCGCUCCUUGCCCAGGGACUGGACAUACACGCACACUAGUUGUUGGGGGACAUCAGAGUGUGAGCGAGAGCAAAUUACUGUGUGAAUGUGUGUAAGUGUGUGUGUGUGUGUGUGUGUGUGUGUGUGUGUGUGUGUGCGUGUCUGUGUGUGUGUGUGUGUGUGUGUGUGUGUGUAUGAUGACGCAUACUGAACACUAUUUAAAGACAAAAAGACACAUUGCUCAAAAAGUUUACAUUCACCACUGAAAGACACUGACCUCAAUGUAGCUGUUCCACUCGCUCACACACAUGUGCAUACAUAAACAUUACACUUAAACACACACUCACGGUCUGGACCCACAGGUUUAAGCCAUACCUCUUUUAGAGUAGAAGUGCUUCCUCUUCUCCAAAUGUCUCUACUGUGUCCUGUGGGUGAGACACAUGCUUUAACUACACUUCCCAUCAUGCCUGCUGAACCACAAGAAGACGGUGGAUCAGAUCGGAGAGACAAAUUGAUAAUUUGUCCCUACACUUUGUAACAGCACACAGACGUUACUGGAUGGGAUUUGAUACUGUGAACACGCCUUCUUCACUAUUCCGUCUUCCUGCACACGUAACUGUCAAAGAUCUAUACACACACACACACACACACACACACAC